AAAAAAAAAAACGAAUUAUUUUGGUAUAAAAGCUGCUGGGAAGAUGAAUAUCAUGCAACAGAAAAAGAGGGAAAUGGCUGGGAAUACAAUUCAUGUGAUGAUGGUUCCAUGGUCUGCCUUUGGCCACUUAAUGCCAUUUUUCCAGUUAUCCAUAGCUUUGGCCAGAGCUGGUGUUCAUGUCUCCUUCAUAUCAUCUCCCAAAAACAUUCAAAGGCUUCCUAAACUUCCUUCAACUUUAGUUCAUUUGAUAGAUUUGGUGGAACUUCCAUUACCAUCAUUAGACAAAGAGCUCUUGCCAGAAGGUGCUGAGGCCACUGUGGAUGUUCCAUAUGAAAAAAUUCAGUACUUAAAGUUGGCAUAUGAUCAACUCCAACAUGCAGUGAAGCAAUUAUUGGUCAAUCAGCUACCAGAUUGGAUAAUUUGUGAUUUUAGUCCCCACUGGAUGGUAGAUAUUGCCCAAGAGUUUCAGGUAAAGUUAAUUUUUUAUUCUGUUUUCUCUGCUGCAUCAUUAGCUUUCUUUGGACCACCAGUUGCAAGGAAAGCUCGCUUAUCUCUAGAAGAAUUUACAGUACCACCAGAAUGGGUGACUUUUCCAUCGUCAGUGGCUUUUCAGAGACAAGAGGCAAUAUCUUUUUAUGCUGGAAGAAACGAGGUAAAUGCUUCAGGAGUAAGUGACUUUGAAAGGCUUGACAAUAUAACUAGUGCCUCUAAAGCUGUGAUAUUUCGCAGUUGCUAUGAAAUUGAAGGUGAAUAUCUGAAUCUAUACCAGAAGCUAGUUGGGAAGCCAGCGAUUCCCGUAGGUUUAUUGCCUGUAGAGAGGCCAGAGGGGGGAAUUGUUGAUGGGUCUUGGGGUAAGAUAUCUGAGUGGCUUGACAAGCAAGCAACCAAAUCUGUUGUGUUUGUGGGGUUUGGCAGUGAGUGCAAGCUGAGCAAAGAUCAAGUUUUUGAGAUAGCUUUAGGACUUGAGGUUUCUGGAUUGCCAUUUUUAUGGGCACUGAGAAAACCCAGUUGGGCAAACAAUGAUCAUGAUUCUCUACCUUCUGGUUUUAAUGAAAGGACAUCUAAGAGAGGACUUGUUUGUAUGGGAUGGGUACCGCAACAGGAAAUAUUGGCACAUCCAUCUAUUGGGGGAUCUUUGUUUCAUUCUGGCUGGGGUUCUGUAAUUGAAACACUCCAGUUUGGCCACAGCCUUGUUGUAUUACCUUUCAUUCAUGAUCAGCCUCUAAAUGCAAGGUUUUUGGUGGAUAAGGGUCUGGCCAUCGAAGUGAAAAGAAAUGAAGAUGGGUCAUUCACCGGAAAUGACGUGGCCAAGUCCCUUAGACAAGCAAUGGUGUUGGAGGAAGGAGAGAAGCUCAGAAUAAAAACAAGAGAAGCUGCUGCAAUUGUAGGAAAUUUGAAGCUGCACCAGGAUCACUACUUCGCAGCAUUUGUCCAGUUUCUUAAGAAUGAAACAUGAAACCAGAUAUGAAGUUGAAGAGUUUACAAAAGUAAUUUGAAUAAUCAUUUAUGUUAAUGUAUUAGUGAAUUGGCUUGUACUGAGUGAGCUUUUCUACUAUUAUUUCCAAACAUUGUAAUGGUUAUUAGCUCAAAC